CCCAAUUGUCCAAAAGAAAGACAAGUGCCGGGGCGUGGCAGUGCAGCGAGAAUAGAAGAAAGCUCUGCAAAUACUCAGUAACGUAUUAGAGAGCACCUCUUUGUCCCGUUCAAUUUCAUCCUUUCGAAACGACUUUGUUAUUCUCUGAUCUCUGACAUCUCCUGGAUUUGCUCUAUAAUCGUAUGAUUCAAUUCAUUUUUAACCCAAAGAAAGACACAACAUGAGCGAAAACUUGGAGGCAGGUCUUCACAAGGCCAACGGCGCCGAUAGUGACGCCAACACAGAGUCUCCCAACAGUGAGGUUUCCCAGCUGGUGGAAGAAAUGGAAAAACCAUGGCCAUCCACCUUCGAACGAUCGAUUUCAUUGCUGGCCAGUCCAGUCAUUACAGCGCCGCAAGCUGAUCACUUUACAAGAAGUCCCAAACCAGGCGGUACCCCAUUAUCGGGCAGAAGAGCGCAGCGAGGAUAUCUGACACCCGAACAAUCGUCUCUAUUGGCACCAGGACAACGCGCGGCCAACGACUUUCAAAAAGGUGUCCAAAAGGUACAAAGUCUCGACUUCAAAUCGAAGUACAAUGCAGUGGAUCAACCCAUAAAGCCACUGUUGGACACUCAAGAAGAGCAAAACAAAAAAGCCAUGGAAGCCAAAGCCUACCGGCAGAAGCUAUUGCAAGCAAAGCAGGAAGAAGGCGCUCAAUUGUCUCCUGGUUACAAAAAAGAAAAGAGUAUCAAAAAGGCAAAGAAGGACAAGAUUUCCCUGGAAGAGAAAUCUACAUUCAGCCAGGCAGUGUUCAAUAUGGCCAAUAUUCUCAUGGGUGUUGGUCUUCUAGGAUUGCCCUUUUCUCUAAAGAGUGCCGGCUGGGGUGGCGGCAUUUUUUGUGUUCUGAUACUUGGUCUUAUCACAUGGAGGACAUCAAUUAUUAUUGGAAGAGAACUGAACGGAGAUCCCAGGCCAGCCAGUUACUUUGAUGAUUCACCUUUCAAAACUCCUCUGCCGCCAGGGUCCUCUGCGGCAGCUCGAAUGCUACCACCUAUAAAAUCCUUCCCAGACAUUGCCAGGGCAUCCUUUGGAGAAGCAGGAUGUGUUUUCCUUUCGGUUGUCUUGUACUUUGAGCUAUUUUCCUGCCUGUGUAUCUUUUUGAUCAGUAUUGGGGAUCACUUGCACACAAUGUUUCCCGUAUGGUCCACCAAUCAACACAUGGUUGUGGUGGCGGCCGUCACCAUUCUUCCUACGGUUGUCCUACGUACCCCUCGACUUCUGUCUUACCUGAGUGCGAUUGGGACCUUUUCAACAAUUGCAGUGGUGCUGACAGUGGUCAUUGCUGCCAUUUUUGAAGGAGACAUCUCCGCCGAGGCUGCAGCCAGGUCUUUGCAAGAAGCAACAACGACAACCAACGAGCACAAGUCCAUGCAUCAUGUCUGGGAUAAUUCUGGGAUGCCAAUUGCCAUGGGUUUGGUUGCAUACUGCUUCUCGGGUCACGCCAUUGUCCCCUCCAUCUAUACAUCGAUGCAAAAGCCACAAGAAUUUGAGCGCAUGAUUGAUUUGACAUUCAUGAUCGUGCUUUGUGCAUGCCUUGCAGUGGGAGCCAGUGGUUACUAUAUGUUUGGUGAUGCUGUUUUGGACCAAGUGACGCUUUCACUGGAGCAAAACUCGUCUGCAGUUCUGGUGAUGAAAAUUUUGACCUGGUUGAUUAUUUUGACGUCCUUUUCCAAGUAUAUUUUGACAAUGUACCCACUUGCUCUUGGAAUGGAAGAAAUCUGUGCCCCCUAUCUGUCCAGUCACCUUUUCGUGCGCUUUGCGUCCUCCACCAUCAAAUUUAUUUUGACAGUUCUGGCACUGGUGGUCGCCAUUUACGUACCCUCCUUCAGUUUUGUCUGUGCUUUGGUGGGUAUGAUUUGCACGAUGAGUGUGUCCGUGAUCUUCCCAGCGGCAGCACAUUUAAAAAUGUUUGGCAAGAAACUAGGCUUCUUUGAAAAGUUGACCGACUGGAUUAUGGUAGUUAUUGGAUGUCUUGUUGCCGUUGUGGGCACAAUUUACACUGUUGGAUGAGGUAGAUUAGCCCUCCCAUUCUUUGUAAAACUAAAUAGAAACUGCACACCAGUACAUGCACAUUCCUCACUCUUUUGAUGCCAAGAAACGGAAUAUGAGGUCUGCCGAACCGG